AUUGAAAUUUGCAAUCUAUAAAACUGUUCGGUGAUGUUCAGAGCAUUUUAUUAUUUAACCUAAUGCCACAUAAGAAUCGCUAAUCUUAUACUCCUUUUGUUUCUUUUUAUAUGAUAUUUUAGUUUUAACAUACAAAUUAAGAAAAAAAUACUUUUACUAAAAGCAUUGGAUUACAAUAAAAAAUAACCAAAAUUACUAUCAUUGCUAUUCUAAACUAAUAAGACAAAAACAAUAUAUUAAUAUUUAAUAUUUUAAUAAUUUAUUUUAAUAGUUUUACAUCAAUUUUCUAAAAACAUCAUACAUAUUGAAACAAAAACAUCUUCUAAAACAUCGUAUAAAAAAGCCAGAGGGAAUAUAUAACUUGGUAUAUAAUAGAUAAGAAUGAAAAGGGAUUUUUAAUCUUGUGAGAUGUAAUAAAAAACUAGUAAACAAUAGACAACUAACAAAAGUUGGGUUGUGCAGUAACUGCCGGUAAAGUGGAGAAGCUUGGAAAAACUUUAAACAAAAAAUUGCGGUUAGAGAGAGAGAUAGAGCCGUCCAAAAACAAGGCGUAGAUGUCUAUCCCACGCGCAAUCAAACCCUCUUGCUCCAUCUCCAUCUUCUUCUUCUUCUCCCUCUCCUUAUAUCAUCAUUUUGCACCCACAUGACACACACUUCCAUUGAUAUAAAUAAGCAUAUUCACAUCAUAAACCUAAAACCUAUAUAUAUACACUCUAAGAUUUCUAGAUGGUCCAUAUACAUAUGAUCUAAUUAAUCAAAAGCCAAUCUCUUGCCUUGUUUUAUAAAGACUCAUCAUUCAAUCCGCAACAGACAUUUCAAACCCUCCUCUCCUUCUUCCUUUUGCUACCCUAUUUCAGAUCGUUCUUGUUGAAAUCGCUUACAAAAAUAUAUCAGUAUUUCCCACAAGCCCUUCGUCCAAUCUAUAUUAACUUGAUCAUUUUAGAUGGAUAACAUAAUGCAUAUGCCACCAGGAUUCCGAUUUCACCCGACAGAGGAAGAACUCGUCGGUUAUUACCUAGAUAGGAAGAUCAAUUCAAUGAAAAGUGCUUUAGACGUCAUUGUAGAGAUUGAUCUCUACAAAAUGGAGCCAUGGGAUAUUCAAGCGAGAUGCACCCUAGGGUAUGAAGAGCAAAAUGAGUGGUACUUCUUUAGCCACAAGGACAGGAAGUACCCGACCGGGACUAGGACCAAUAGAGCCACGGCCGCUGGGUUCUGGAAGGCCACCGGCAGAGACAAGGCGGUUCUUUCAAAAAACAGUGUUAUAGGAAUGCGGAAGACACUUGUCUACUACAAAGGUCGAGCUCCUAAUGGAAGAAAAUCCGACUGGAUCAUGCACGAAUACCGUCUCCAAAACUCUGAGCUUGCCCCGGUUCAGGAGGAAGGUUGGGUCGUGUGUCGAGCAUUUAGGAAGCCGAUUCCAAACCAGAGGCCAUUAGGGUACGAGCCAUGGCAGAACCAGCUCUACCACGUUGAUAGUAGUAACAACUACUCAUCUUCAGCGACAAUGAACUCGAGUCAUCAUAUCGGUGCCUCUUCAUCGAGCCAUAACCUUAACCAAAUGCUCAUGAGCAACAACCACUACAAUGUCAAUAAUGUAUCCUCGUCGAUGCAUCAAUAUGGCAAUAUCGAGCUCCCUCAGCUGGACAGCCCGAGCUUAUCACCGAGUCUAGGGACGAAUAAAGAUCAAAACGAGGGAUUCGAACAAGAAGAAGAGAAGAGCUUCAACUGUGUAGACUGGAGAACACUAGAUAGCUUGCUUGAGACACAAGUCACACAUCCACAAAACCCUAAUGCCCUAAUGUCUUCGUUCGAAACGCAGUCGUAUAAUCCGGCUCAGAACUUCCCUUCCAUGCAUCAAAACUAUAGUCAUGAGGUUGAAACAAAUAUUCAUGAUUCUCUUGGAUGCUUCCCUGACUCGUAAUAAAUAUAAAAUUAUAUACUAUAUUGAUUUGUUUUUAUGAUUUAAUUGUUUCAUCUGAAGAAUAACAUUUAUAACUGUCUAUUUGUAAAACAAGUUUGUGUUUAAUACGUAGAGAUUUCCUUUUGAAUUUCACAAAGGUGGAAUUUUUUUUUAUCUAUCCCUUGGGGGAUUAAUAUUUAUUUUGUUAUUCGAAUUUGUAUAUCCAUUGAUUCUAAUAAAAUGUGCUCAUAAUUAUACGA